UGGAAGGUCGCCAGUAUUGUUGUGGUCAUGUGCGAGUAAGUGACGGUUCGCGAUAGGAGCGUUGUUUAAAUCAUGUGUUGUGGGCUUAUUGGUGAAAUGCUAAUGAGAAAAAGAUGGGCCACAUAAAGAAUAUAAGCGAACUAUUACCCGACGAGCCUAUAAAAGAUCCAUUUGAGGAAGAAAUUCACUUUAAUAACACCGUUAGAGAAUAUGUCCUCUUCCUGGUGUUACUGGUGGUACUGUCUGUGGCAUCGCACGUCGUGGUGCUGCGCUACCGGCGUCGGGAAGCUGGCCAUCUCCCUCCGCCCAGACACACCGACGACGACGAGGCAGCCGUAGACCGCAUUGCGCUGUGGCUGUGCACCUUCAGCUUAUCGGUGUCGCUGGGGGCGGUCCUUCUCCUGCCCAUCAGCAUCAUGAGCAACGAAGUACUUACGCUCUACCGCGACUCCCUCUACGUGCAGUGGCUCAACCUCUCUCUCAUUCAGGGAUUGUGGAACAUCAUCUUCCUGUUCUCCAAUUUGUCCCUGUUUGUGGGUCUUCCCUUCGCAUAUCUCUUCACGGAGUCCGAAGGCUUUCCAGGCUCAAAGAAGGGACUGCGAGCCCGCAUCGUAGAGACAGUGGUAGUUCUGACCCUGCUGGUGGUGCUGGUGUUCGGUGUCGCCCUAAUUUUAUCCUUCCUCUUAGGGUACUACGAACAGGAGAAUCUCACUCAGAUGAUAGAUGUUUGGGGAAGUUUCUACUUGCCAUUUCUCUACUCUCUCAUAUCCUGUCUUGGCGUCUUAAUGCUGCUGUUGUGCACUCCAGUUGGGCUGGCCCAUUUGUUCACUGCUAUGGGGCGUUUGAUGGUAAAGCCAGGAUUCUUGAGAGAUCUAGCAGAAGAGUAUCAGGCUGCUUUAUUACAAGAAGAUGCCUUAGCCAGGCAGCUAGCGCAACCCUUGCAUCCCCAUGUUAGGGUCAUUACCAGAUCAACUUCCAGUGCUCCAACGAGGGAAAGCAUUCUCCACCAGUACCAUAUUAUUAAAAAGACCAGACUAAAACUGGAGGAACGACGACGUGCAGGUGUUUUAAAACGCACCUUAGCGUAUCCUCUCGCAUUACUGUUUCUGCUUGUCCUGACUGGGACAGCUGUAGCAAUUGUGGGCCUAAAUACAUUACAGUUACUCAUUGGGAUUAAAGCCCUUCCUCUAGCAUCAGCUCCAGCUAUAUUGGGAGAAGCACAGCAAGGCAAGAGAUCAGUGCUGCUGUCAAUGAUGGGCUCUGUUGGUGCAGUGUUGGAGGUUGUGCUAAUCCUGUACCUGAUAGCUGCCUCUCUAUUAGGAUGCUAUUCUUUGCCAUUAUUUGCAAAGAUCCGUCCACAGCCGCAAGACACUCCCAUGGUGCAUGUCAUAGCUAACUGUGUGGUGGUGCUUAUAUUAUCCAGUGCCCUGCCUCUCUUAGCCAGAACAUUAGGGAUAACAAACUUUGACUUACUUGGAGACUUUGGCAAGAUCAGCUGGCUGGGUAAUUUUUGGAUUGUCCUUGGUUACAAUAUGUUGUUUGCCUCUGCCACUGCAUGGUGUUUGGUUAAAAAAUUUACAGCAACCAUCAGACAUGAGAUAUACAUAAGGUUUAAGUUGAUAGUGCUUUCCCUUCUGAAGAGGGAUACUUUCAAAUUGCCUGCACAAGUUAUGAAUGGGGGUAUGAUGAAUCCUGGCAACAUUAAAGAAGAGUAGCAUAUGGCUUAGAGAAUCAUUUAGUCUAAUGGUUCUCUUACAUAAAAAAUGGAAAAGAAGGCAUUUAUCCCUCAGUGAAAACAUGACAUUAGAUUACUUAAUCUACUAUGGUCUUUACACAGACCUGGUGUUUCAGAUGGGGUAUAAUACUUUAAAACACUUAUCUGGUACAAUGCAUAUUAUCCAAUGUGGUAGUUUAAUUGACCAGAGGACUAAGAGUUUGCCAGAAAUAAGUUAAAUCACAGAUCUUGUUAAAUGUUCUGUUAUAAAGAAAAAAGCUUAAUAACUGAGUCAUUAUGGCCCAUCUGCGGAAGAAUGUUAUUAAGGCCAUGAAGAUUAUUCUUGUAAUAUGUAAACUUUUUAUUUAUACACACUGUUUGGAUCACAUUUAGUGACCAUCCAAGUGGUAAAUAUUGCACUGUACUAUGUCUUUGUAACUGUGUAUGCAAAGUGAAGUGCAUUUAGCAAGAGUGACUGAAAAACAAGCAGUUAGGUUGGCAAUUUAAAUAUAACUGGUGUUGUUUGUUGGAAAGUAUAUAUAUAUGUAUUUGCUUGAAGUAUCCAGAAUGCAGUCUUUCAAAAUGGCAUUUUUAUUAAUCAAAUCAAAACUUGAAGAAAAGCAUACACAGUGAAGCCUAAUGAAAAGCAUAUAUUUGAAGGUGGAAGUUAUUGUUUAUCUUAAGAUUUCUGUUACCAGUUGGAAGAAGUGAUUAAGUGAUGUAAAUUAUUCCUAUAUUAAAAGAAAAUGGGGUUUUCCUAUAUUAAAAGAAAAUGGGGUUUUACACAAUUAACAUUUAUAAGCUUGAUUAAGAGACAGAGAGGUGAAUCUCUUUUCCAUCUCUUUCAUGUACUUUUUAAGUACUGUAAUGGGUUUCUUUUUAUUAGGACUUAAUUUUAUUUGUCAUUCUGUAACAUCUGAAUAGGUGAAAAACUUACUUGCUUUGACUUUAACCAGAUUUUCAUGAUUUUCUGACUAUUCAGCACUGCUCAGAGUAAUAAUCUAGAUUCUGGUCCCUGUAGACUUUAAGGUUCUUGAAAUACAUCUGUUCAGUACAUAAAUUGAAUAUUAAAAAGGUUCAUGUAAUACAUCUGUUCAGUUCAGAAAUUUAAUAUUAAAUUUGAUUCUUGGUACUUAACAUGGAGUAAUAUUUUAAAUUAGAAUGCAGUACAGAAGACUCAAAUUACCGUAAUAGAGUAAUCAAAUGUUCCAGUUAUAUAGUCAUAAGAAAUAAUUAUGUAACACAGGAAUAUAAAAAUCUAGUGUGGCAAGUUUGGCUAAAGCUCUAAGUAGAAAUACUAUGUAGACUCCUGCAAGUAAACACUUGUAACCCAAUUAAUGAUAAGCAAUAGUGUUAUAAGAAAGUGAUAUGUUUGAGUAUGAGAAAUGUUACAAAUCAUAUCUUGCUACAUGAGUGCAACUUUGUGUAUUGGUGUCUUUAUUUGAAGAUUACAGAAAAGAAAAAGUUGAGGGGGUAAGUGUUGUAGAUGUUGAGGUGUAAGGGUUACAAAGUACAUUUCUGUUCCAUAUGCAUUUGCAGACUUGGGAUCUUCAGGUAAUCUUUUAAAUCUGUAUCCUGCCAGAUACAAAUACAGCCGUAAAGGUUUUCAGAAUAGAUGUGUAACUUUUCUACUAUGUAAACAUGCAUAAGACAGUGCAAUGACCUGGUAAUGUAGAGCAGUAUUGCAUUAGCCAGUUAAGUCUCUGAGGCGGCAACUUGUGAUGACUCAAAUUGCCAAGGUAGUUUUAAAAUAUAUAUUGUUUUUAAUUACCAGUUUCACAUAUAGAAAGAAACGACAUAUACAGUACAUCGAUGUAAGGAGCCAAGAAUAAACUUUCAGUUUGACAUAAUAUUGUUUGUGGAAUUCUAUUCAUUGUAGAUUGUCAAGUAUUGGCAACCAGUUUGUCAUGGUAGCCUAAGAAUACAGGACUUUGUCAGUAACAAAAUUUUAAUUCUUUAAAUACUGCAUUUACAUUUAAGGCUCAUUUUGCCACCUUAGUCAUUAAUAACCUAUUGGAAAAAAAUAGAUUUUCAUACUUUGAAAUAAAUGGAAUGUAUGAAAUUUGAUUCACAGAUUUAUACGAGCAUAAGAACCAGCAUCUAGCCUCGUCUUUGGUUGAACAGCAGAGGAAAUGAAAUUUAAUAUUGGUCAAUACUACUUUACCACCAAGUUUGUUGAGUAUAUAAUACAACAGUAAUUAAUUUUGAAUGCAUAGAGUAUCUACUGUAAUUGUCUAAAUGCUAGUUAUUAAAAAUUAAGAUGCAACAAGAAAGCAUCUUUAGAUAAUCAUGGAAUUUAAUAUAGAAGAGUUAGGGGUUCCCAUUUAAAUACAUGACAUUAUGGCAACAUAUUGCAGGUACAGUGGCCGGAUAGACAAUUGUAGUUAUGUAGCAAGAUUUGGAGAAUUAAUUUCUCAGUACAGACUGUUUUCAUCUACAUCAAUUUUGAGCAAAUUGGUCAGAUGGUCAGUAUGCUAGACUUCCAACCAAAGAUUGAUGAAGUUUUUCCUUGUGUUCCAUAUAUUUUGCACAUGAAAUGCAAUUUGCUCAAAGAUUUUUAAUAGGCAGUUAAUUCUGUGAAAGUUUCCUUUUAUUAGAAAUGUAAUUAGUACUUCAAAAGGAAAGCCCCCUCUCCUUUUUUCUUUUUUUAUUGUGUACUGACUGUACACAGACUGAUAUAAAAGCAUACUGAUUUACUACCCAGAAGUCAUUUCACACCCCUAUUUUCAUGUUACAUUUUAACUCCCCAAGUGAAUCUUAUUUAGUGUGUUUUUUUUUUUCAUGCUGGAACACAUUUCGUGGAAUGUGAUUGAUAAAGUUACUGUGGACAUACAAUGCUUCUAGGUGGAAUAAAGUAAUGGUGACAGAUUUUGUCUGUUGAAGUCUUGGCUAAGUUUUCAUCAAGCUUUGUUUUACAUCAGACUACUUUGUAGAAUUACAAGGAUUAUGAUGAACUUUUUAUAGAAACUUAAUCUGGAUUUUCUGUGCAAAAAUGUGAUACGUAAUGGUAUUAUGGUGUGAUUAGAUAUUUUAAGGGAUAUAUUUUGUAAGAGCUUUUAUGAUGUGAUUUUAUUCCAUUAUCAUCAGCAUCACAGUACUUGAUUAAGUACCUUUCUAUGGAAAUGGCAGUUUAUAAUAUUUUAGCUAAUUACAUUUUUGUAGCUAUAGGUUGCUUAUAAUGUAACCUAUCAUAAAUCUUUUUCUGACUAAUCUGGUGAAUCAAAUAGGAGACAAUUUAAAUUAUAGGAUAACUGAUUUUGAUUUUACACAAACAUUAUUCAUACUAGAAUGAAUGAUUUAAUAUUCAAACGUUUUCAAGGACAACUUUAGAGAUGUAGGUUUUCUUCCAAACUUUGCUUUCCUCAUGCUCACUUUGAAUUCACCUUAGAAGCUAAGGGACCAUAUAUUUUCAUAGUAACUUUAUAGGUGUGAUAUUUAGGUAAACUUAUCAAGAUUUAAGCCUUCCCUCACGGUUCAAGUCUGUGAGAUUUUCCUUCCUUUGUAACAGUACUGAGAUGUUUACAUAAUUUUACCAGUUUGUAUUUGAAAGGUUUUUUUUUUUUUUUUUUUUU